GAAAACGGAAAAUGCAUUUAAGAUUUAAGUUUUAUAUUAAGUUGAAAAAGAGACAACUUACAAGAUAACAGUGGUUAUUGUCAUUGUGAUUUAUUUGAUCAUACACAGUUUAUAUCUCAGUAAUUGCUGAAAGAUAAAAAAAAGACAAAUUGUAUUUUAUUUUUGAAUAGGGAGGUUGCCGCUUGGUAGUGACACACAUUAAAGUGCCCGGAUGUGUUCCUGAUAUCGAGGAUGCAUCGAGUGCAGACUUGAGAGAAUCGAGCCAUUAGAAAUCCCAGAAGACGCUGCGGGCUGCUGGUGUACGGCAGCCUGUAAGCUUUAAACUCGCUCUCGCAAAUACUUGGAGGCUCUUGAAGUUGAAAGCAAACAUUUAUCGUUUUGUUUUGCUUAAUUUUAAUAAAGUUAUAAGACCCGGAGAAAGUCUGCAUUUUUAUAGGCAUAUUAAAAUGAAUCUUAACAUAGUCAUAGUUAAACAUAUAACGCUGUAAAAUACAAUUAUAUGAAAAUAAUAUCUGUAAUAGUAUGAAAUGUUUUAAUAAGUUAUGACAUUUGUUUGUAAUGUUAUGUUAUAUUUAUUGUUCAUUGGUCACUGCUUAUGCUGAGACCAUGCGGUCAGAUAAGCAAGAACACAGGACAUCUCAAUUCUCAUAAGGGUGCGUUCUCUGCGUAGGAAUUGAGGAACAGCCUUGUGACGCACAACGUAAGUGAAAACGAAAGUAUGCUAUUUCAGUGUACUGAGUGAAAGAAAGCAGACAGAUUUGAAGUUCCAAGAUGAGCACUGUAACAUCAAGCUUGAAUAAAUGGCAGAAGAAGCAGCUCUGCUUAUUGUUCAACAAUGCCAACCUCAGCCUGCUGUUCAAAGCCAGUGUGCAUGGCUACAAUGCCACUGCAUUUCACCAAAAAUGUAAUAUUCAGGGUCCAACUGUUAUUGUAGCUUACAAUAAGUCUGGAUAUGUUUUUGGAGCUUUUACUAGCAAGGAUUUUCGUCAAAUCAACCAAAAUGUUGUGGAUGACAAAGCUUUUCUCUUCAGCUUUAAUGACAAACUAAUUCAAGAAGAUCCUCUGCGUGUGGUCAGUGGAAAUCCCCAGUAUGCUUUCACUGACAAUGGUCCAAACUUUAGCUCUUUAGUGUUUCUUCACAAUAAUACAGCCACCGUCUACAGUAAUCCAGGAACAUACCAAUUUGAUCCACAGAAGAUGCAUGGGAAUGACUUACAGCUGACAGAAUGCGAGGUUUACAGAGUGGAAGAUAGUGGAGGACUCAUGGAGAAACCAUGGAGAAAUGUGCAGUGGAACUCUGAGAGGAGACAGGCACUCUUGAGCACCAUCUCUGGCUGGAAGCCUUCUGUUAGCUCAGUCAAACAGGCUCGGAUUCUUUUGGUGGGUCCGGUAGGGGCUGGGAAAUCAAGCUUCUACAACUCCAUCAACUCUGCAUGCAAAGGUUACGUGAGCAUUCAGGCCAACACUGGCACUGCUGGCACCAGUUUGACUACUCAGUUCCGUACCUACUACAUAAAGCCAAGCAACAGUGUCACCCAUGUUCCCUUCACUCUGUGUGACUCGAUGGGUCUGGAGGACGGUGAAAACACUGGUCUGGAUGUAGAUGAUUUUACCAGUAUUUUGAAGGGUCACAUUAAAGACAAGUAUCAGUUUAACCCAUCAAUGCCUAUACAGCCAGACUCCCCUCAUUUCAAUAAAUCUCCUGGCUUGAAGGACAAGAUUCACUGUGUGGUGUUUGUGAUUGACAUCAGUAGAGUCAAACUCCUCUCUGACAAAAUGAUCGAAAAGUUUGUGGUUUUUCGAAAGAAAGCCAACCGUCUAUGUAUUCCUCAGCGGGUUCUGCUGACUAAGGUGGAUGAGGCCUGCCCCUUAGUGGCGGAAGACCUGAAAAAUAUCUACCAGAGCCACUAUAUCAACAAAAUGAUGCAAGAGAUUACCACUAAGCUUGGAGUUUCUCUGUCUGCUGUGGUCCCAGUGAAAAACUACUACCAAGAACUGGAAAUAGACUCUCAAACUGACAUACUGCUUCUAAAUGCUGUUGUUCAGAUGCUCAGAGCUGCUGAGGGCUAUUUUGAUGAUUUUUACAACCCAGAAGAGAGGUCUGAGUAAAAACCAUUUUCCCUGUCUGACCAAAAGAUUUUGAAAAUAAUCAGUAACACACAAAUGGUGUAGAAACAGUUAUCUGCCAUUAACUUAACAAAUAAUUACAAAAACAGCAUGUAACAUUAAACAUAAAAUUUAAGAAACAGAAACAAUAAAAGUAGAAACACUAAAAUAGUGUUUUUUUUGCAAAACAUAAAAAUCAUCUCUUCGUUUACACACAUAUUCACAUGUGACAAGCUCAUCUCUGUACUCAGAAUCAGCAGAACGCAUCUCUCCAUGUUGAGAAGGUUUACAAACUGUCUUUAUAAACUAAAUUGUCCAGCUGUAAUAGGUGUGGUUUAUUUACACCUUUAUCUUGUCUUAUUAAAUGCUGAGAUUAUAAUAUUGUGCCUUCAAUCAGUGUAUAAAUACAUUAAAAAUAAUUGCUUAUGUUGCAA